UUAGUGUUGAGUACAGUGCUGCUCAGCUGGAGGAACUUUUCGGAGUAAAGUUGGAGAAUGCAACAAUAGCAGAAACAAUUUUGAGGUUAUUCCAGUGUUUUGAACUGUCAAAUGUGGUUUAAGGACUGAAGAAACUUGUAAAUAUCUGCAACAAUGUCUUCCUGGAUUACUGUGACUCCCAGACUGCAACAAGGAUUGGAAGUCGUUACUCAAAUAGACAACGCCAAAUUCCGUCCCUUGGUAAACCGAAUUUGCCAGAGUUUCCAUUCAGGAACCAUUGAUAAAGCUUUUAGUCAAGACGAAGAAGAGAAAUUACUAGUGUCUCUGAAUGUCAACCGAGAUGAAUUGGACCUGCUGCUUGACACUAUCACAUUGAUAUACUCUCAAGCUGCAUUUGGUGUUGUCAAACCUGCAGUUAUGGAAUCGGUGAUGAAGGAAUCGUUCCCAGUGUCUGAAGACAAAGUCUCGAUAUUUGUGAAUGCUUGGAUUACAUAUGCCAAGGGAAUCAUCGAUGCUCUAAGACACAAGUCGAUUUUCCCCAGUCAAGUUGAAGAUGUGAACUGGACUCUGAACGUUCCAGCCGCCUCAUCUGCAAUUUCCCUGGACGCUAAACCUUCUGUUCUUCUCCAGCUGGGGCUCAUUGGCACCGAAUCAAAACAAUUGACUGUCGAGAUGGACAAAUCCCAGCUUACAGAGCUGUACAACUACUUAGAAAAAAUCCAGAGCCAACUAGACGCGUUGAAAUAAGAAGGCCAAAUGUCCAGGUCAGCCCCAGCAGGAAUACUAGGACGAUUGCACCGCGCAGCCAUGCCCUAUAUUGCCAAGUGAGAGCGGAAUCAAGGUAUUAGAUUUAUGUAUUUUCGGAUGAAUCACAAUAAAUGGCUUUGAGACAUUAAUAAUUGACAGAAUGAUAUAGACAACAUGGGGUCAUUGUGUAACCGGUACUAUUUGUGUUUGUAAAUUCAUACAUCAUUCAUUCGCAUCUCCCGGAGGAUUGUGAUGAACAGGAUUAUUAAUAUCUCAAUGCCAAGAGCUUAUAGAUUGUCUAAUUAUUGAGAAAAAGAAAUAUUGAAGAACGAAGUUGAAGUUUUCGAAGAUAUUUUUACUGUAAAACUAGAAUUGGGUUUAAUCGAGAUUGAAUUCCCACGUUGAACUUGAAAAAAUAAAUAAAUCUAAUGAACAUGAAUGAACGUAAAAUUAGGCGUGCAUAUUGAUAAGUGAGUUUUUCUGUAAAGCAUGCAAGUAGAAUUUGUUAUAUAGUGAUUGAGAUUAUUUUUAUGACGUUCAAAAUAAUACUGUAAGUACUAAUUCUACUUUACAACUACUGUAAGAUUUGAUGGAUAAUGGAUAAAGGCAUAAACAAAUUAAUCGAUAUCUAGGUAACAAAAUAUGUUAUUUUGAUAAUGUGUAUAGACAUUUAACAACAAAAAUGAUAAUAAUAAAAAUAGUAAAUAUCUUACAAGUGCGCUUGCAAUUUGUUGGGAAGAGCAUUUUCUUCCUUUCCACUACCAACCAACCACGCCAUGCAGAGGAAUGUAGAACAGUGUAGACAGAAGUGGGUAGAAGAUUUAAUAAAAAAAUGAAACAAUACAGCAACGUUAGGUGAUUAUCCCGGCACCACUUUUUUAUGAUUCAUUUUAAUGCCUGAGUUUCUAUGCAUAUUUCUUCUCAGCAAUUACUCGAUUCGCAUUACUGAUUUCAAUAAUUGGCAUUGAAUUUUAGGGCUCGAAAUUUGAAUAAUAAUUUGUGUACUUCGACCAACUUCAACAACACAAUUAGUGCACGCAGUGAAUGGAACAGCGUCGAUACUGAGUGAAUUGUUCUUUUUUUUUAUCGCUUUGUGCGUGAAUAAUCAAAAAUGCAGACAGUGCUCACAUAGUUUGCCUGGCCACAUUCAUUCGUCCAAUUAUACAUCCGUAAAAUUGACCAUUAUUUGACUGUAAUUCGAAUCGGGAAUUGCAGGAAUCAUUAUAGUUUAUCCAUACCAUCACCAAUAUGAAAUAAAUAAUUCAUAAUACAUUAAUCAGUUUAUUCAUUUAUCGAGUUCAACUAUUCACUGAUAACGAAAAUCAUUAUCAUCCCUAACAUAUCCACUGACAAUUACCGUUAUCAAUCUAUUGGCAAACCAAGUUUGAAUUUUCUCUGUGAGAUAAACUAGAAUUAUAUGAGGACAAUCGAAUUUAUGGAGAAAAUUUUCCAAUAGAAAUCACCUGUAUUUUCCAGUGACACUGGGAUAUUGAAUUUCCAAUGGAAUUUUUGAUAUUCAACGCUCGAAACAAUGGUGAACUGGCAGCGAAUGAAAAAAUUCAAUACUACCCUGGAUAUUCCAUAUCCCAGUAGACGAAUAAAAGAAUGAAAAUUUAUUUCGAAAAAUGUCCAUCCUAUCAACGUGACACUUAUACAUUCGAAA